AUGCAAGCGAGGGCCCAGCAGAACCAGGGAGUCCAGGGCGUCGGGCACGCACCGGGCCAGAACCAAGCUAACGGCCAGCACAUCUCGCCGCCUCCGGCCAAUAUGGCUAACGGGAUGAAUGGCAUGGCCAACGGCAUGGCCAACGGCAUGGCCAACGGCAUGGCCAACGGCAUGGGCGGCGGGAUGAAUGGCAUGAACGGCAUGAACGGCACCAACGGCUUCAACCAUCAGGGCUACAUGGGUAACGGCCAGACGUCUGCAGCCGCAGCCGCGGCCAUGAUGUCGUCGCCGCAGUUUAGCAAUGCGGUGGCGGCCGUCGCCGCCGCCAACGGGCACAGCAGCCCUACCCCCCCCAGCCACGGUCCUCCCACACCACAGGGCGCCGCGACGGCCAUGAGCAUGUACAGCGGCAGCAACCACAACGGCAACGGCGGCAGCGGAAACACCGGCAUGUCGGCGCUGUCGCCGGGAUCCCGGCCGGCCCCCCCUCAGAUUUCGCCGGCCAUCCAGAAUCAGAUCCACCAGCUCGAGGCGCAGAUCCGGGCCAAGAACCCGAACAUGAAGCCCGACAUGGUACGUAAGGCGGCACUCGAGCGGUUCAUCAUGGCGCGCCAGAACGCCAUUUCGGCGGCCGCAGGCGGCGUCGCCGUCGGGUCCCCCGGCCAGGGCCAGGGACAGCAGCAGCACGCCAUCGCCAACAACAUUGCCGUCACGUCGAGUCCCCAGCAUCCUGGUCAGGCCCCUCCUGGUCAGGUAAAGCGUCAGCCUAGCGAGGGUGCUACGCCGGGAACUGCGCUGCAGUAA